CUCAAACCUGUAGCGAGAGCCAACGGCAUAGAUGCACCUACAAUCUCAACUCCUAGGCGGCUACAGACUAAUGAGAUUCCUUUGGUAAUCAACGAUUUUAGGGUUGCUGCUAGAAAUGCAAUUGAAGCCGGUAAGUACCUUUUGGUUGGUAAUGAACCCCCCUUUGGUAAUUGUUAUCUCUCACAUUUGUGCUCCAAAUGUUAUGCCAAAAUUAUAUAUCAUACAAAGUAGAGACUUCUCAUUCAACCAAAUUAGUAUCAAGAGAAAAUUAUCAUACACUUUGUUCUCGUUAAUGUUCUGUCUAGUGCCUAACAGACACUUACUGAAUUCUUCGACAUCGCCCUGACUUGCCUCGGAGGUUUGGUAGCAUAUGGGCGCUUGUUUCUAUCCAAUCCUGACUUGCCUCGGAGGUUUGAAAUAGGUGCUCCUCUCAACAAGUACAUAAGAGAUACUUUCUACCUCUCUGAUCCAGUUAUUGGAUACACUGACUACCCAUUUCUGCCGUCCAAUGUCUAGAUGGGCCUUUCAGGAAUGAAUCCCCACCCCAUCAGAUCGUCUACCUCAUGUAUCAGUACUAUGUUAAAAAGGAAUAAGGUCAUUGAUUUCAAUGCUCAUGUGUAUUAGCACGGUAUGGAUAAAAUAUGUAAUCAUCAUUGCAAUUUAAGAAGCGCAAACUGAAAAGCAAAUUAAGAAGUCUGAUUUCUUGCCAAUCCCACACACUCAAUACUUAAAUUGGUGCAACAGAAAUUCCUGAUUAUGCAGGAAACUGGAAAAAAUGCUAUUAGGUUACCUUGUGAAUCCAGCAUAAUCAUUAGAACUUUGGCUUUGGCAUGUUCCCAUUAAAAACACGUCAUUCUUGUAAAUACCUUGGUUUCUCUUCUCUCUUAAUGAAAAGGCAGCGCUCCUGCAGGUUGCUCGCAAAAAAAAUAAAAAUUCAGCAGAACUAUGAUUUUUUGCACCUAGCCCAAUACACUCAAUAGCUAAAUUGGUGCAACAGAACUAUGUUUUAAAGGCGUCCGUAAGGCGACGCCUAGGCGACGCCUAGGCGUCGAAGCGCUCCCCCUCCGCUUUGGAAAAUCGACCGCUUUGGGCGCCUAGGCGUCCAAAGCGCCCGCCUAGGCGUCGCCUAGGCGCCAAAGCGCCCCCCCUCCCUAAGGCGGUAAGGCGUCGCCUUAAAAACAUAGCAACAGAAAACUUCAGUUGUUGUUUAAUUUAGAACUUAGCAAGAUUUUCAGGAUUUAAACGCUUUAAGUGGUUAGAUCUAAAUUUCACUGUUCUCAGUUAAAUGUAAAUCUUCAGUUUCUGUUCUAAUCUGACAAAGUUGAACCUUGGUCUCCUUCAAAUUCUUUAAGUGAAAAAAGAGAAGAUUAUCUACUAGACUCUCAAGCUUAUCGUAAAAGUAAUUGUGCAAUCAUAUUUUGGAAUGACUAUCCCUGAUAUUACCUGACAUUGUCUCAAGUAAAUAUCAGGCUCACAGAUUAGAGAAUCUUAUUCUGAGCUUUAAUUGUUGAUAUCGCCACCUACAGAAUAGUGAAAAGCAGCAUUAUUAGUACGUAUAUAAAAAUGAAAGCUAUGUAAUGGCCAAUACUUGUGAUUCCUUUGGCAUCACAGACAUGUUAGAAAUCUUCCUUUGGAACUUUAUCGCCUGUGUUGAUUUUUUUUAAUGUAGUUUUAAUAUCUAGCCUACCCCAACUUGUUUGGGAUAAAAGGCUUCGUAAGUAAGUAAGUAGUUUUAAUAGAAUCAUAGCUGUCACAUUCAUUUUGUGGAUGAUGUAUCAUGUUCAAGGAAGAGCUUUCAAUACCCUUCUGUAUCAAAAGUGAGGUUCAGGUGCACUAAAGCACACAAUCUUAUUGGUGAUUUGUUUAUUCAUGAACAAAUCUUAGUUAUUCUCUUCAGAGGCCUGUUAUUUAGUGCAAAUUUAUGGUUUUGUUAGUGAAGACUAAUAUUAGGUGCCUGACGGCUGUAAUAGUUUUCAGGGAGAUUGCUAGAUCAACACGAAUUUCGGCUAUGCCUUUUACGGUUUUCUUUUAUGUAAAGAAAUUUCUUAAGAUCAGGCAACCAAGACUUCUCUUCUCUCUCACAAAGUAAAGAAUGCAAGUAAUGUUAUUAUUUAUGAAAGAUUAAAAAAUAUCUAGCUUGAAGAUUCUGCCAGUUUUUGCUAAAUCAAAUUGUUUUCUCAACUGAUAUAAGGAGGCAACUGCAAUAUUUGAAAAUCUUAUCAAACUAGUGAUAGGAAUUCCGGAAUGAACUUUCUGCAACAGAGAGCUGAAAACUUAGCAACUGUUUGCUUUUUUUUUAUAUCUAAAUAUGUAGCAAUCAUGGUACAAGUGAACAGGCAUGCCUAAAAAAUACAUUUUCAUUGAGAAGUAAUAGAAUAUGAACUUGUGAAGGUCGAUAUUGUGCAAAGUUACAGUAUCUUGGUAAGACACAACAAAGGAACAUCGCUAGGCUUAUGUUGAAAUUUGAACUAUUGUGCCUGGUGGCACCUUUCUUUUUCAACACUUCAAUUGAAAGGAAGCGGCUAGUUGACACUCUUUCCUACCUGAUACCUAUCAACAUAGCCACAUCGGAUUGUGCCUCUUCAGUGGAUGGUAUAACCUAAAGAACAUUCGCUAGACUCGAAAAAAGCGACAAGCAAAAAAUCAUCAGCUUUGCAUUUGUUCCUUUGUUGGGGAAUAAUUAUUCUCUACUCCUUUUAUUUUUUAUAUAUUGUUACAUUAUAAUUAUCUCUGGUCUAUAUCUAUGGCAUGAUCUAAUGAAUUAGUUUGGAUAAUGGCAGAGUCACCCUUCUACCUUGUAUAUUAUCUGUUUAUUGAUUUGAGUAUUCUAUGAAAUUCCAUGUCGUAAAAAAAAUCAUAACGUGUAGGAUUCAUGUGCUUGGUUCACCACUGCUUCUUCAUCCCUCAUAUGGAAUAGAUCUAAUCAACACAGCAGUUGAUGAUAAAGGAAGAUACUUCAUUUUGGAGAACCGAUUCGGGUUCAGUUGGCUAAUGGUGUCACACCGAGCCCACCCACAUUCGACUCUCACCUCCGUGGAUGCUCAUAUUUUGAAAUGCACACAAAUGCAUUUUAGGUUCUUAACUAAAGUUAUUGAUUUCAUUGGACUUCCCGAGAUUUGAUGAAUGAUAGAUAGAUAACAAUAUACUGCACUGUUGUGCCUCUGUAAUGUGACUGACCACCUUGACUUUGACAAAUACUUGAGGAUAACUGGUCUGGAAUCUGGAUCUAAAGCCAUUUUAAAGUGUUCAUGAAAGGGGUGGUCCUGGUGAACUGUCAUCAUGAUUGGGCUCAUAUGAGCUAGUCAUCAUAACUUUGGUCAAUUAAGUUUUCGCUCCAGUUGUGCAUGUAUAAAUAUGUUAUUUGUGCCUACUGCAAGCUUCUUGCUUUAUUCUUCUCGUAUUUGCUACUUCUGGAGUGGCAGACAUGACAUGUUUGGAUCUACUAAGUGCACUAAGCAACCUCUUCUCAACUGAACAUAAUGGUACAAGAACCAGUUAACUGUGAUUAGAUUAUCAGCAGGUACUUUUUAUUGGACAUUAUUUUCAAUAGUUCCAAGUAAACUUGCAGAUAGGAUGGAGUACCAGACUCUUUUGGUUGGUGCUGGAAUUCUAUAAAAGACGGAGUCAUGAAAACCAAGUGAACAAAACAAAAUAGAUUGCAUGACACUUAACAGUAAAACAUGUAGUGUUGGCUUCACACUUUGAAUUGUACGGCACACAUUUCUUUUAAAACUCUUUAGAGGAUUGUAGAAUAUAUCGCGUGUCAUUCCUAUUUUUUUAUCAUUCUUUAGUCAGAUGGCGGCAUAGUGAAUAUGAGCGUACAAGAAAGGAAAUUGUAGAAUACUAGAGUUUAAAAUGUUAUUCUGACCUUUCAAACUAGAACAAAGUCUUAACAGUGUAAAGUGUAAAUGCCUUUACAUCAGACAUAUUCCUCACUAAUAUACAUUGUAAUCAUGGGCCACUUGAUUAUCUAGCAUGGGGCAGUACAAGCAAUAUGGAUUUUAUACAUUACAAGGAAUUCAAUACACUUUGAACAAGCUGUAACAUAUGCCCUUGUACAAGGUAGCUAUUUAGGCUACUUUGUGAAUUGCAACAGCUAUGUGUUGUUUGACUCUUCCACAACCUGCAAGGACUGGCCUACCAAUUAUUCCUUGUCCUCAGGAGCCACAAUAAAAUGCUCACAUCCAUGACAGGUCUAAAUCACCAUUUGCCUCAAGUGCGAGAGGAGGAUCCAGAGUCCAGUUGCAACAACCUCAGAAGCUAGUCCAAACUAGUGAGAGGUUGUGUGCACAAACCAGAAGGUAGACUGAAGAAUAGUAAUGGCUCGUGGUAAGGUUCAGAUGAGAAGGAUAGAAAACCCAGUGCACAGGCAGGUCACCUUCUGCAAGCGGCGAAUGGGCCUCCUGAAGAAGGCAAAGGAGUUGUCUGUUUUAUGUGAUGCUGAUAUCGGUGUCAUGGUGUUUUCUCCUCAUGGAAAGGUUUAUGAGCUAGCUACCAACGGGAACAUGCAAGGCUUAAUUGAGAGGUACAAGGGUAGCAACACAGAAGCACAUGGUGAAAGUAGCGAGCAGAACAAACCCGAGGUAAUACAGCAAGAGGUACUACUCUUAAGGCAAGAAAUUGACUUGCUUCAAAAGGGCUUAAGGUACAUGUAUGGAGAGAAUGAUAUAAACCACAUGAAUCUCAAUGAGCUGCAAACCCUGGAGAGUAACCUUGAAAUUUGGGUACACAAUAUCCGCUAUACAAAAAAAGAUGAGCACAGCAAUUCCCUUCACCGGUGUCCUUUUGUGCCUCUGUUUUGCAGGAAGGCAUACUCAAGGCUGCCAACGACAUACUUCAAGAAAGGAUAAUUGAGCAGAGCGGGAUUCUGGACACUAGCAGCAACAUGAUGAUGCCACAAUUUCCCUUCCAGCGAACCAUGGAGAGUGACUACUACUUCUAGCCUAAACAACCAACCUAUCAAGCUAGCUCGCCAGUUCGGGUUUGAGUUCAACAAGGCUACCCUUUAUGGAACUCACAUAACCUUAUGUGUGCCACUUCAUGUUGUAAAAAGGAAAAAGAAGAUCAGCAUCUGUCGAUGUACAUGCUUUUUUCAUAUGUAGAUUCAUCAUCUUUCAGAUUGGACUAUUCGCAGAUUGCAUGAUGUUACCGCACUUUCCCCUCCAGCUGACCAUGGAGAGGAGUACUCGUGUAGCCUGAACGACCGACCUAUCCAAGUUAUCUCCUAGUUCCGAUUUGAGUUCGACAAGGCGACCUUGCAAGGACGUCUCAUAGCCUUGUGUGAUGUGUCUGCCACUUCAUGAUGUAAAAAAGUACAAACAAAAUCUGCAUCUGUAUCUGUAUCUGUAUCCCUCAAAAAAAAAAUCUGCAUCUGUAUCUGUAUCUGUAUCCCUCAAAAAAAAAACUGCAUCUGUAUCUGUA